AUGGAAAGAUAUGGUCAGUUAUUAGAAAAAGCAAUGCACGAAGAAGUUCCUUCUAAUUGUGAAGAUUGGCGAGCAAAACAAGAAAAACGAAAUCAAUCAAAAUCUUUCACAACACCAUCCACAACAAGUUCGAAAUCAUCAAGCAAACAAUAUCGAGAAACUCCUGCAUCGAAAGAAUUUUCAUUAAAAAAAAUUCCCUUUGAAAUAUCAAUUGCCAAACGUUUACGUUUUACAACCGAUCAUGAUGACGGAAGAAAUGAAGAUCAACAAAUGGAUUUACAACAAAUAUUAAAUUAUAUCAAACAAGUUAAUGCAAAUGUGCUGCAAUUGCAGAAGCAACAACAGCAGAUAACAGUCAUUUUAGAGCGUCAAGAGAAAUUUUUAAACAUGUUGUGUACAAAUCAAAAAAAAAUAGCUAAGAGUUUAACCCGACAUAAGAUUCCAGUCUUUCUUGAAAAUGAUGAUGAAAAUACAGAUGUCAAGGAUGAUGAUUUCACUGAUCCUGUAUCAACAUAUACCAGAAGCGACGGUGUUGUCGUUCAAUUAUUAAAAACAUAUGGUACAAAAGAAAAUACAGUUAAAUAUGCUUUAAAAUUAAUGGAUUCACUAUUUGUUGAUAAGCAAGAUUUACAGAAUGUUGAUGUUAAAAAAAUUGAUGAAGAUCCAAGAAUUAAAGCAAUAUAUGGUACGUAAGCAACAACAGUUUUUAAACAAUGUUAUAUCGAUUUUCAUGUUUUUUUGUUUGUUCCAGGUGCCAUUAGGCAAAAAUUCAAUUAUUCAGUAAUGGAA